AUGUUAGUUGCCACCUUUACCACCCUUGUCUCUCCAACCGCCGCCUCCUCCAUAGCCACCACCGCUGCAUCCACUGCCGUUGAAGAUGAAGGAUGUCAUUGGGGCGUCGUGAGCGCCAUUGCCGUCGCCGCCGCUCUGAGCGGUCGUCGUGAGUUGCUGCCAAUUGCUCUGUCUACCGCAUGCCACCGUGAAUGGUGGCUGUGUUCGUGUUUCGCAAUUGGGUGUGUAUAUUGCUACUUUAAUGUGAUGGAUGCAUGUGUGUGGGAGUUUGCUGGUCGGAUUAGUGAAGAGGGCCACCAUGGCAGCCAACCAUGGUGGUUGUCGCCCUUAAUGCUUAUCUACCACCACCUACCGUGUGUUGGUGGCUGUGUGUGUGUUAUAUGAUUCGAUAUCAAUGUGUUUGUAAUCGGGUUCAACAGUCUAUAUUGGGAAAGCACACAUGCAACUACUUCAUAUACAUCUCCUGUUGUUUCAGCUUUUGUUGAUGGAGGAGCCACUUUAAAACCGCCGUCUCCAUCCCAAUCAAAUGGGUUUACACACCUUUAUCACUCGCCAUUAGUAGUGACAAUGACAGUGGUGGUGGCGAUGACGGUGAUGGUGGAGGCAGUGGCUGAGGUGACGGUGGUCGAUGGGAGAGAUGGACUCCAAAAGAAAAUGCAGAUUUUUUUAUGGCUUGAUCCACCCCUGCCAAACACUUACUACAAGGAAACUAUGUGGAAGUUCCAUGUGGAUUUGGAGGAGGCUAACAACAAUAAAGCAUUUGCAAUGGAGGUUUUGAAGCUUUCGGAGGAGGCCAAGAACAACAAAGAAGUUCAACUAGAUAUUUUAAACCUGUUGAAGGUGGAGCUACUUAUGAUGGUAAUGCUUUUGGUGGUGGUGAUAGUGAUGGGGUUUAUGGUUCACAAUGUUAUGGUUAAAGCACUGUGA